AUGGCGUCAUCAUCGGCUGACUUGGAGCAGCAACAGCAGCAGAGCACUGUGACGGAUACAGAUGUCGAGAAGAGUGUGCUGUCUACGGUCCCCGAUCCAGAUGUGGUCGACUUUGAGGGUCCUGAUGACCCUAUGAAUCCGCUAAACUGGACGACUUCGAAGAAGACAGUAGUUGUAUCUUUGGUCUCUAUCCUUACAUUACUCAGCUCGCUGUCAUCGUCGGUCUUUGCCCCUGGCAUUCCACAGGUUAUCCACGACUUUGGGUCUAAGAAUACCUCGAUUGGAUCUUUUACACUUACAGUUUUUGUUAUUGGCUAUGCUUUUGGACCACUGGGUAUUGCACCACUUUCUGAAAUCUACGGCCGUACACCGGUGUACAUUGUGUCGUGUGUCUUUUUCGUCAUCUUUACAAUAUGCUGCGCCAUAGCCCCCAGUCUUGCAUCUCUGAUUGUGUUUCGACUACUAGCGGGCUUUGCUGGUAGUUGUCCACUUGCUCUGGGUGCAGGAACGGUUGCCGAUGUCGUGCGUCCGGAAUCGCGAGGCAUCGCCAUGGCGGCUUACACGGCGGGCCCGCUACUGGGGCCCAUCAUCGGACCAAUUGGCGGUGGCUAUCUGAUUCAAGCCCAGGGAUGGAGAUGGUCCUUUUGGGUUGUUUCAAUGGCUGCUGGGCUGGUCCUCAUUUUUACCGUCUUUUUCCUCGACGAGACCUAUAAACUUGCGAUUCUCAACAAAAAGACAAAGAAACUCCGCAAAGAAACAGGCAACGAAAACUUGCGGAGCGUAUUGCACACAGACUUGACGCAUGCGCAAGUGUUCCGCAUCGCCAUUGUCCGGCCCACCAAGAUGCUCUUCAUGUCGCCCAUCAUCUUCUCGCUCUCGCUCUUCAUGUUUAUCCUCUACGGAUACUUUUACCUCAUGUUUACUGCCAUUCCCGGGCUAUUCCAGAACCAGUACGGAUUUUCGCCCGGCCAGGUCGGCUUGACCUAUCUCGGCCUCGGAGUCGGCUCGUUCGUUGGCCUGUUCCUCUCGGGCGCCACGUCAGAUCGACUGGUGGUAUACCUAAAGGAGAAGAAGAACACCGAGACCAAGCCAGAGUACCGUCUGCCCGUGCUUAUUGCCGGUACAUGUCUUGUGCCUAUUGGACUGUUCUGGAUCGGCUGGACAGCACAGACCUUGCAGCACUGGAUACUACCUACUAUAGGUACAGGUAUAGUCAGUGUUGGUGUGACACUGCUCUUUAUGGCAAGUACAACAUACUUGAUUGAUGUAUACACGACGUAUGCGGCCUCUGCUGUCGCGGCUAGCGUUGUGCUACGGUCUCUUGGUGGUGCAUUGCUGCCUCUUGCAGGCGGACCGAUGUUUGAAAGACUCGGCCUCGGAUGGGGAAACUCGUUGCUUGCAUUCAUUGGUCUUCUCAUGAUUCCCGUGCCCAUUGCAUUUUACUUGUACGGAGAGCGGAUUCGGCAAAAGGAAGCCAAAUCUAUAAAAUUUUAA